CUCUUCAUCUACUCAAUGAGUUCCUCCGCGGAGACCUUCAGAUGCGAGACGCCGGUGAGCAAAACCCUGAACCCUGAGCCCCAAAUCCGAGAAAAUGAGACGCUGAGCUCCAAAACCCCCGAGAAGCCACCGCAGCUCCGUCGUGGAGCUCGCAGCCGCAACGUCGCGCUCCCCAUUGAACAAGUUAGAAGAUCCGCUGCCAAAAGCCUGCUUAAGUCGACCCAGAAGAAGCAACUGACGGACGAGAUCGCAUCUUGGCCGGACAAAACCCCGCUGAAGACCCGCGUUCGCCGCUCCGUGCAGCUACCGGAAAAGUAUGAGAUGUUGGGGGAGUUUUUCAAUUGCUUGGAUAUUUCGAUAGGGAGGUUGCGAAAGAAGGGUUUGAAGUCGAAUUUUACGAAUAUUAGCCCGGUGAUUGAGCAUUUAACGGAUAGGAGGUUUACUUAUACCCACUUGGCUCAGCUGAAAUUUAUUUUACCUGAGGUAAUUGAGAUAAAGAAAAUGGUUGUGUGGGAUGAGAAAACCAGUCGUAGGAAGCCGGAUCUUCACAUUAGCAUGAAUAUUCAUGCAGUGCCGAAUGAUGGCAAGUUGAAAUCUGAAGGUGGUGGGAUUAUGCGUUUGAGGAAGGCUUUCCGCAAACGGCUUGCAGAUAUUUCAAAAUCCUAUCCUGAGGAUUACGAAAUUCCAGAAGAAAUUCUACCAUAUCCAUUCAAUCAUGUGAAGGAACACAUGCAUUCAGAUACGGUCAAGUUUCCUGCAUCGUCAUCUCCUGGUGAGGUAUUGUCCAGCGUAUGUACAGUUAAGCAAGCAGCAGUAUCAACGAUCUGCCUUCAGGGUGAUGCAAUUCCAGAUGAAAUGCAUUUAAUGACAUCUAAUCAAUCAAAGGGGGAUUUGAAUUCAGACAUAAACGAGACUCCCACACAGUCAGUGCCAAUUAAGACAUCAUUUGAAACACCUAAAAAGCAGCAAUCAGCAAUAGAAGGCUAUCUGUCCCGGUCUUUUCAAAGGCACUCUUUUCAGAAAGUUACAAGAACUGAAACCCAAUCUCCAAAAUUUUCAGUUCCAGAGUCAAAUUUCAGUGCUUUUUUCUCCACUGAGGAAAUCAGUACUGCUGCUUCAUCCUAUGGCCAAGUUCCUGCAACUCCAACUAAAGAGAGAGACCACAUAGAAAAUGAUGAUGGUUUGCCCAAAACAGGUGCCAGCAUUGGGUCAACUCCAGAAAAGGUUGCUUCAACACCAGCCAGGUUGAUGACCACAACACCUGCAUUGCACCCGCCAAAGAGAUGCUAUAUGAACCCCAAUGAUAAUUCUACAAGCUCCCCAAAUAAAUUGUUUAGGCGUUGCUCCAGGUCAUUGAACUUUGACACUCCUGUGAAGAAUAAAAUGUUGAGCCCAGGUUAUAUUUCUACAAGCUCAACGAACAAGUUGGUUGGGCAUCCUCCAUGCUCCAGGUCAUUAAAAAUUAACACUCCUGUGAUGAAUAAACUGUUUGAGGAGAAAGUACUUGUUCUGGAUGCCGCAUCACUUGAUAGUGACAUUUCCAAUAUUCUUUCAGAAGGUCUUCUGCAAUCAAUUAAAGACAAGGAGAGAAAGGCAAAGGAGCGAAAUGCAGCCAUCUUGCAAGCAAAGAGGCGACAACAGAUGAUUUCCAGCCUUCCUGAACUCUUCAACAUGAUUCAUUUCUUAUUUCAAUCAAUGAACUGUUCAUUUAUGAAAAAAGAGGAUCUUGUAGAGAAGCUAAUUUUUAGCCAUUCUGAUAUCGUUGAUGAAGGUGAAGUUGAAGAGCAUCUUAAGUUGCUAUUAGAACUGGUUCCAGAAUGGAUUUCCGAAAAGUUCGCAUCUGGAAUUGUCAUCAAGAUUAAUAAAUUGUCAAACCCUGAGUCCAUACGUGCACGGCUUGAAGAAGCAAAGUGAGCUACAUGAUGGGUAUUUGAAGGUUACUGUAAGAAGCAAAUUUAGGGGAUAGUGUCGCAAUUUUACCCUUUCAUUAGACAUUUUGUAAACGUUUUAGUUAAUUAGUAGUUCAUGUAAAGUAAAUCUGGGUGGCCUAAUCUAGUUGUUAGUAUGGAGGCUUUUGUCAAGAAUGAUUUAGCAACAAUGUUAUUGAAAUAUAUAUUUCCCUUUUUACA